AUGAGGAUCUUACCCAAACCUCGAGGAUCAGUUCCGUGCCUCCUCCUCGUGUUGGUUCUAUUUUCAGCGACACUCUCUCUCGCUCGUGUCGUCGAAGUUGUUGGUUACGCCGAGAGCAAGAUCAAAAAUCCCCAUGCAUUCUCAGGACUCCGAGUGACGAUUGAGUGUAAGGUGAAUAAAGGCCAUUUUAUUACGAAAGGUUCCGGAAACAUUGACGAGGAAGGAAAGUUCGGUCUGAAAAUUUCUCCACAUCAUGACAUUGUCUCUGACGACGGAGCUUUAAAGGAGGAGUGUUAUGCUCAGCUUCACAGCGCGGCGGGAACACCUUGUCCUGCUCACAACGGCCUUGAAUCCAACAAGAUCAUGUUUCUAUACAAAUCCGGAGACAAACACGUUUUGGGUCUCAAACAAAAUAUGAAAUUCUCACCUGAACUUUGCGUUUCAAAAUUCUUUUGGCCUAUGCCUAAUAAGUUCCCUCCUUUUAAGGGAUUUGAUCAUCAUUUCCCUUUACCUCCACCUUUGGUGCUUCCACCGUUUCCUAAGUUCAAAAAACCUUGCCCACCUCCGGUUCCGGUUCACGAGCCACCCCCAAAGGUAGAGCUUCCCCCACCUGUCCCGGUUCACGACCCACCGGUUCCUAAGAAGUCUUGUCCUCCUAAACCACCGAAGAUUGAGCACCCACCUCCGGUUCCGGUUCACAAGCCACCACCAAUCCCCAAGAAGCCAUGUCCGCCAAAGCCGCCGAAGAUAGAGCUUCCACCGCCGGCUCCCGUCCACAAACCACCGCCUAAGAAGCCUUGUCCGCCCAAGUCACCUAAGAAAGUUGAUCCACCGCCAGUUCCAGUCCACAAGCCGCCACCGAAGAUUGUCCUUCCACCGCCGGUACCAGUCCAUAAGCCACCAAAGAAGCCGUGCCCGCCCAAACCGCCAAAGAUUGAGCUUCCACCACCAGUUCCAAUCCCGAAGAAGGCGUGUCCUCCGCCGGUACCAAUCUACGUGCCACCGGUGGUGAUUCCGAAGAAGCCAUGUCCACCACUUCCACCACUUCCACCUAAAUACUUUCACCACCCCAAGUUCGGCAAAUGGCCUCCCUUACCAACACACCCUUGAGAAAUUAAUACGUAUAUUCGUAUGUACUCAAUGUGUUUUUUUUUUCCCAAUAUUAUCGUGCAUGUUUAAUAUUUCAUUUGUUUUUAUCUUUUUUCAUCUUUGGUUAUUUUCUGUCCGAGUUAUAUAUGUGUAGUCCGUUGAUAUUUCAGCAAUAAUAUUGUAAGGAUUCCUUUCUCUGUUAUUAAGCGAUGAAGAUGAUGAUCA